AAGCAGCCCAUGUUGCAUUUUUGGGCAAUUUUUAUCUAAUUACUAUCUUUAUGUCUUUAGAUACCAGAUUUUUCCUGCGCAUAUAUACUACUUCUUCCACUAAAUAUCAAAGAGGGACUUCAAAAGCAAAAGAGAACCAGAAGAGAGAAGACCAUUCACUGAAAUUUACAUUAAAAAAAAAAAAAAGAAAUCCUGAUCUGCUGAGAUUUUCUGAAUUGGACAAACAUGGUUUCUUUUCAUUUUUUACUAACACUUUUUGUUAGCAUUCAACUCAGCUUAUAUGGCUCCAACUCCCAUGUAUUAGGCCUAAAGAAGAUCUGUACAUUGUGCAAUGGGUCCUCAGGGGAACCCAAGGGCCACAGAGGUGAACGUUUAUCAGGGGAGGAGAUCACAUCCAUGCUGGCAUUAGGUGAACCCUGUGGGGUUUAUACCCUACCGUGUGCUCAGGGUCUUCGCUGUAUUCCUCCUUUUGGAGAGCAAAGCCCCCUUCAGGCACUGCUUCAGGGACGAGGGGUCUGCAAAAACAUCAAAAGUACCUUUACUGACAACCCUCCACCUUCAGACUAUCAACCAUCAACCUCUGAAAACACUGAAAAGGGUCCUUGUCGCAAAUUGCUAAACACAGUCCUCCAAAGUAUAGAUCUCACAAUCAUUCAUUCAAUUCCGGACAUCUACAUCCCCAACUGUGACAGACAAGGAUUCUUCAGGAGGACACAGUGUUGGUCAUCAAGAGGAAUGCAAAGAGGCCACUGCUGGUGUGUUGACGAGAAAGGAUCAAAAAUUCCAUCCCGUAAAAGAAGCGAUGGAACUAUCUUGUGUAACAGUGCCUGAGAAUUGUGAUACAACUUGACAUCUAAUGUAAAUCUGGACCUGAAACCUGUUUAGUAAGGACUAAGAGAGCAUCAGCAAAAGAGAUGAAAGACAUUGAGAACUCUAUGACUAUGAAGCAUAUUUACAAUCAUUCAUCUCCCCCUGGUUGUGAAAAAUAUGUUUGCAGCAUUAUGUGUCAUUAUUUCUGAUGCAUACAUUUAACAGAACAGUAACAGUUAAUGAAGUUACAAAUACCAGAUAGAAACAGACAGAAAGAUUAUAUACUCCCUGAGUCAUUGUCAUUAAUGUGGUGUAUGCCUGGUUCAAAAUGUAUGAACUAUGCAGUAACACAAAA